AUGAAAGACAACAAUCAUGACCACAAUAGUAGUCAGUUAUAACAUAACAAGACUAAAACUCAAAAGGACUCUCUGGUAUUAAUGUGCUACUAGAAUUUCUCCGGGGUGAGAUAGGCCAAACUAAUGUCAAGUGAAAAGUACGAUCUGAAUGACCCUGACUCUCAUACUAAGUUUUCAACCUGUGGAUUAUUUUUACCUUGCUGCAAAGAUAUCAUAGCCCCUGGGUUAAAGUUUUUGAAUGCUCCAAGGCAACUCAAGAUGGUACCUGAUGCCUAAUCUAUAAGAAAGUCACCUUUUCACCCGAAUCACAGCUUAGUAUUUUCUAAACUGUAAUAGCCAGACGGUAGACCUUUCGUUGGUUGUCCUCGUAAUCAACUCUACAGAGCUAUAGAUUCUCUAAAGGAAAUAGGUUAUUAUCUCAAGAUCGGUAUUGAAAUUGAGUUCUAUCUACUAGACUCAAAAACUUUGAAGCCUACUGAAUCUAAUACUGAGUCAAGUCUUACUUCAUUAGUCUCUCUAAUAGAUGAUUUUGAUCAGCUGAACUUAAUCAUGAAGCAAAAUGGCAUAAAUUUGGAAGCAGCCCAUAAGGAAUGUGGGUCUAGUCAAUAUGAAGCAGUCCUUAAGUACGGUGAUGUAGUUAAAACUCUGGAUGAUUACUACCUAGCUAAAGAAAUUAUCACUCAGCACUUCAAAAAGAGAGGUUAUGUUGUGACUUAUCUUCCUAAACCAUUUAUGGAGGCACCCGGCAACGGUGCUCAUGUUCAUAUGAGUCUCUGGAAAAAUGGCAUAAAUGUUAUGUCUAACGUCAAGAAUAAUCAUAGCUUGUCAGCUGAAGGUGAGAACUUCAUGGCAGGUAUUCUUAAGUACUAUGAUGCACUUUUACAUUUCUUAACACCUUCACCGAAUUCAUUAAAGAGGUUGUAGACUUAAAAUUAUGUUGGCUGCUACAAAGUAUGGGGAGUAGAGAAUAAAGAAGCACCAAUUAGACUUAUUAGCCCUCUCAAGCCCAAUCAGGGCUGUUAGCAAUUCGAGAUUAAGAGCUUUGAUAACACUGCAAACUUUUACUUCGCAAUCGCUUCUACCAUUGUUUGUGGUUUAUAGGGUCUAAAGGAUGAGUUGAAGCUUCCCUAACCUGAAAAUGACGAUGUUCAUCUAUUAAGUAUAAAAGAACGCGAGUCACUUGGAAUUAAAAUGCUGCCAAAUGAUUUCGAGCAAAGAGUUUCCAUUAUAAUGUCAGAGUAAGGUCAGCCAUUACGGCACUUCUUUGGAGAUGAACUGAUACUUAACAUUUUGAGAGUUCAUCAACAGGACUUUGAGUUCUUCAAGGACAUCAAUCAUGAAGAUGAACUAAGAUUAUUACUUGAAAGAUAUUGA